GCACAGCAAUACCAGCAGGGAGACAUGGCAGCACAGGUCCCAGCGCAAGUGCCGACACACAUGCCGCAGUUUCAGGCACUGGGGCCACCGGCAGUGCAGCAGCCACAGCCGCAGCAGGUGCAGCAGGGGAUGCAGCGAAUGGGCGGGCCGCCGGCUCAGAUGCAUGGGCAGAUGCAGGGCUCUGAGUCGCAGCAGCAGCAGGUGCAGCAGCAGCAACAGUAUCAGCAGCAGCAUCAACUGCAGAACCAGCAACAGCAACAGUAUCAGCAGCAUCAGGGUUCGGCAUCAUAUGGCAUGCAAUACCCAAUGCGGCCUCAGCAGCAACAGCAGCAACAGAUGCCACUGCAGCAGCAGCAACAUUACCAGCAGCAGCAGCACCAGUACCAGCAGCAGCCACAGCAGCAGCAACAGCAGUACCAGUACCAGCAGCAGCAGCAACAACAUUAUUACCAGCAGUAGCAGCAGAUGCAACAAAUGCCAGUUGC